AUGUCUACGCAGAUAUUUCUUCCCUCGGAGAAACUGUGCGCCGACAGCGCCCGGGAGCAGGCAUGGCUUAUUGACGAGGUUAUACGGCCGCAAUUGCCGAACAUCAAGGAAAACCUGGCGUCCUGUAUGGCGAAAAUCAGUGAGAACAACGGCGACGAGUUCAAGUUCCCGUUGUCGUCGCACAACUCUGAGACACUCAAGGGCGUGAUCAGCCGCUCCAAUUUCCGGGUUACAGGGCUGAGCGUGUCCAUCCGGUCGAAAAGCAUCGGUCGCGCGCUGCACCUGCGGCUCAAGGACAACUCGACACUGAUUCUGCGCCAGUUACUGGAUUGUCACGACUUAAUUUACAACGCUAUCAACACUAUUAGCAAGAUACAGACGCUCCAAGAAACACAGCCCGCUGUGCUGUUGAAAAUUCUGUCCACACUAUACGGCCAGAUCCAGCUCGCCAAGAAGUCCCUGCUCUUCCCUACAGAGGCAUACAUGUUCCCCAGGUACAGACUGCCGUACCAGCUAUUUGAGCCGGAGCUCCCCGAAAACGUGGCUCUGGACCUGGUCAUCAGCAACAGCGACCUGUCGAUCGACCUCAAGGUGGUCAAGCCGAUCACACACCGGCCGUGGGACCUGAUCAUCGACGUGCCGAACCGGGUCUCGUUUGCAGACCACACGGAAAAACGGCGCCGAGAAUGGUGGGUUUUUGAAAUCGGUCUUCGCGGGCAACGCAGAGCCGUCGUGCUCCACGGUGUUGAAAACGUCCAGCAAAUACCUCGAGGAAAGUAUCACGUAUGUGGACAACAGCAACAGUCCGGUCGUCGUGACGAUCCAGGAGACCUGCGACGUGGUGACGAGCGACCCGAUGCUCCUCUCGAUCACCAUCAAACUGGACAGUCUGGAGAAAAGCGUGGGCAAGCUGCUGGAGAACCUCAAGCUGAUCUCGACGCCAGUUUGAGUUUUUUAGCGCGCAGACAAUUCAGACGGGCAAUGUCGUCGCGAGAGCCCGACACUUUCUGGACCUUUAUGGCGGCUCCAUGCUGUGAUCUGACGCGCUCUAGUUUUUUUUCCAGUGGUGCCAUUUGUUUAUGGAGCCGGUCCUGUUUGCGCGCCAAAUCGGCCAUGAUUUCGUGCAGAAGCUCGUGGUCCUUGUUCAGACGGGGCUCGACAAACGCGGAGACGGCCUUGGUGCGUUUUUGGACGGUCGACUCUGGGACCACGUCAAACACAGCCUUUGUGCGCAGAACCGUCUUGAACCGAUCGACGUCGUCGGUGACCUGGCGCAGCGGCGCGAUCGCGCAAUUGAGGAAAUUGAUGGAGUUUUGCAGCGACGUGAUGGACGACUGCAAGUUGUCGGCGACGGACAUGAAGAGCAAUGCGGGUAUUUAUUUAUUGUUUUUUUUUGUCAGAUCAUCCGGCCAGGAAAAAAAUCUGGGCUUCACAGACGCGACGGUCGACGCGCAUGUGUCUCUGAUGGGCUCUUUCCCAACAUGGUUAAAUUAUAAAGCUGCACAGCGACCUUGCUGUUUCACAUACAACGCAAUGCAGCGCCGCGCGUACCCGUGUGCUGGGUUCGGAUUAAACAAGUUUCUUUUUAACCCAGGAUUUUGCGGGACAAGAGCACGACACUCUCGAGCUUCAUUGGGACAGGCCGCUGUGGAGGCUCGUGAUUGA